UUCUCCCCCAAAUCGCAUCUAGGGUUUUGGAUUAUCAUAUUCUUUAUAAAAUCAUCCUCUCUUUUUUUAUUGAAAUUCUUUCUUCACAAUGGCAAACAAUGGAGGGAUUAGCUUCAACUUGUCCGGUCUCAGGGAUGCACUUGACGAGGAAGCUCGAACUGUUUUUUAUGGCUUGGCUUUGCAGGAUAAGCUUCAAAUGCUUGCUGGUGAUGAUAUUAUGGAGAGCCUGUCACCGGUUGUCAGGCAGCGUGUUGAUGAUCUUAGAGUGAUCCAGAGCCAACACGAUGAAUUGGAGGCUAAGUUUUUCGAGGAAAGGGCAGCUCUAGAAGCUAAAUAUCAGAAACUAUAUCAACCCUUAUAUGCCAAGCGAUACGACAUUGUGAACGGUGUUGUCGAGGUUGAAGGGACAAAAACUGAAACAGCCUCGGAGGACCAAGGAGAGGAUAAGGAUGCUCAAGAGAAAGGGGUGCCCGACUUUUGGCUUAUUGCGAUGAAGAACAAUGAAGUUGUUGCUGAUGAGAUUACCGAGCGUGAUGAGGAAGCUCUCACAUAUCUCAAGGAUAUCAAGUGGUCUAAGGUUGAGGAACCCAAAGGAUUCAAGCUCGAGUUCUACUUCGACACCAAUCCUUAUUUCAAGAACAUUGUGUUGACGAAAACAUAUCACAUGGUUGAUGAGAAUGAACCCAUUCUUGAGAAAGCCACUGGGACGGAAAUUGAAUGGUAUCCUGGAAAAUGCUUAACGCAAAAGCUUCUUAAAAAGAGGCCUAAGAAGGGAUCAAAGAAUGGCAAGCCAAUGACCAAAACUGAAGAAUGCGAGAGUUUCUUCAACUUCUUCGAUCCUCCAGAAGUUCCCAAGGAUCAUGAAAUCCUUGAUAAAGAUACUGCUGAGGAGUUAAAAAAUCAAAUGGAACAAGAUUAUGACGUAGGGUCAACCAUUCGAUACAAGAUUAUUCCACAUGCUGUGUCAUGGUUCACAGGGGAAGCUAUUCAGGGUGGUGAUUUUGAUUUAGAUGAUGACGACACCGAUGAAGAUGAUGGGCUUUAUGAUGACGACGACGAUGAGGAGGAAGAUGAAGAAGGGUCAAAAGCACAAUGGGAUGAGCAGCAGGGCGAGAGGCCUCAGGAAUGCAAGAAGCAGUAGAAUAUAAUCGCUGCAAUCGGUGGAUCCACAGAUGCGUGUCGAUGUUCGUAUGUGUGUUCUAUUAGAUGUCACAGUUAGAAGAAAAGAAGGGGCAAAGGGAGGGUUUGCACAGUUUUGACGGGCUAUUCAUAUUUUUACAAUUUUCAUGUUAUACCAUGAACAUGAAUUGGCUUGAAGAACCCUUCUUGGUCUGCUUCUAGUAA